GACGCGUAUUCAGGAAACCAUACGCUUCAUAUCUAAAGGCCACAACAUACCUCUACACAGAACAUCCAGACAACAUGGAGACUUCAUUUGCGCUCACAGGGAAAGGAUAUGUGAUCGUUGCAGCCGAUACUACAGCUGCUCGGUCUAUAGUCAAGAUGAAGGUGGAUGAGGACAAGAUUAAGGAAAUCAGCCCUCACUUGCUCAUGGCAUACUCAGGAGAGCCAGGUGACACCGUUCAGUUCGCAGAAUUCGUAGAACGCAACAUACGUCUGUACCAAAUCCGCAACCUCUAUCCCCUUCGUCCAUCCGCUGCUGCAUCAUGGAUUCGUCGCUCACUAGCAGACUCGCUCCGCUCACGCAGCCCGUAUUCUGUGAACCUCUUGGUCGGCGGCUACGACACGGCGACACAUGAGCCAAAAUUGUACUGGAUCGACUAUUUGGGAACGCAGGUGGAUGUGCCGUUUGGUGCUCAUGGUUAUGGCAGUUACUUUGCUCUAAGUUUGCUCGACCGGUAUCAUGACCCUGAAGCAUCAUUGGAAGAAGGAUUGGCCACACUGAAAAGAUGCGUGGAUGAGGUAGCCAAGCGGCUGGUUGUCAGCCCUGGGAGGUAUAAGGUAAAGGUUGUCGACAAAGAUGGUGUCCGCGAAGUCGAAAUAUGAUGUACCUUUUCACACCACAACUACUGUAUUCUUGACGUACUAGGUCCCCGGGACGAAACAGGAAAGCUUGCUGUCAAAUUCCCUACUACACAUAUACAUUGUACGAGGUAACAACUUGGGACGUAAAUACGAUUGCGUGAUAAGAAGUCUGUACCAUAGUGGAUAAUGCAUGAUGGCCGACGAGUGAGAAAGUUCAGAGCGCGAGUACACUCCCCUCAACCCGAUCACCGCCCAUGAUCCUUUCUGUCUGUUUCUCGCAUUGGACUAGAUUUCUGAUACGGCCUAAAUCGUGGGCUCGAGUAUCGCUACCUAUGCUGCCGGCAGUCUGCGCCAGACACAUAUAGGCAGUCUCAAUAUCAUCCCUCCUUAAUCUGGAUCCCCAUAUGCUCCCCAUGUACGUAUCCACCAGCCGAAUUUGCUGUAGAUUCGGCAUAUCCCCUAAGGAGAACAUAGCAGCGAUCGGAAACGGGGACAAAAAGGUUGCCUGUCCGAUAUACAGAGUACGCAGGGUAGGGAUUAAAGGGAGAAGUGGGGAAACGACAACCCUGAGGUCGGGUGCGCAAAAGGCGAUAUUUGAUAAUUUUAUGUGCUGAAUAUUUGACCAACCUU